GAAGAUUUCACCAAGACUCGUUCUUAUUUGCGAUCUGCCUGCUCGUUUGAGCAGUCUCCUACUCACCCCCCCGCAUAGUCACCACUACGAAAAUCCCCAAAGCCUGGAGGAUCUUACAUUGGAGCUGAUCUGUUUGUUUGUUCGCAGUUAAGUGCGGUUCUAGAAGACACUGCCAGGACAAAGGAUGUUCCUAGGCAAGUGUGAUGGAGACCUCUGUGACCUGAGAGGAGACAGCACCCCAACUCCUGGGCCUCCAGACGGAGAGGAUGAUGACCUUCCUAAAAAGAAGCAUCGCAGGAACCGUACAACCUUCACCACCUACCAGCUCCAUGAGCUAGAACGGGCCUUUGAGCGUUCUCACUACCCUGACGUGUACAGUCGAGAAGAGCUUGCAAUGAAAGUCAGCUUGCCAGAGGUUCGAGUCCAGGUUUGGUUCCAAAACAGACGUGCAAAAUGGAGACGCCAGGAAAAGCUGGAGUCCUCGUCUACCAAGCUCCAUGACUCCCCACUGCUGUCAUUCUCACGGACCCCUAUAACUACAAGUAUGGGGCCUCUGACGUCCUCCCUACCUUUGGAUCCCUGGCUCACAUCGCCCAUAUCUGGUGCUACGACUGUUCACAGCAUGCCUGGAUUUAUGGCCCCUUCACAGGCACUCCAGGCCCCUUAUCCAAGCCACUCUUUCCUUAACAGUGGCCCUCCAAUGACAUCUAUUCAGCCUCUCGGCGGUGGUCCUUACCAGUGUAUGGGGGGCUUUGUGGACAAGUUUCCAAUGGAGGAUUUGGACCAAAGAAGUUCCAGCAUUGCAGCAUUGCGUAUGAAAGCCAAGGAGCACAUCCAGACCAUAGAUAAGACAUGGCAACCUAUGUGACAUACAAUACUUCUUCGGAUGGAUACUUUGAACUAAGGCAGACUUUUUACAUGAGGCUGAAAUUAUAUGGGACUAGGCUUCGAUGGCAGCUUUCUACAAAAAUGUUGAGAGAUGUUAGUUUGACCUUGGGAUCUGCAACAUGCACAGAGUGAUGAUUCCAACACUUGAUUCAAAAUAUCUAGUUUAAGAAAGGUCAUUUGUACUAAAAAAAUUAAA